GCAACAUUUAUACGAAGGCUUAGAGCUCCCAGCAAAGCACUCUGGCUCAGCGCUUCUCAAGGGGAGGAAAUAAAACCACCUACAACUCAACAACACAAACUUAACCCCCCUCUUUUCCUCCCUCCUGUUUCUUCCACGGACUUAAACCUGCACAUAAGCUUUUUAAGCAACUUUUCUAAAGUUUUAUUUUUUUUCCACAACCAAAAACCAGUCGUGGCACAAACUACCGCUCGUCGCAUUCAAGGAUCCUGCUCGGUCCUCCAUGAAAGAGGCAGUGCGGCAGCAAGUUUGGGGAAAAGAGAUGUCAGCGACCGUCUUGUCAGCUUUCUACGACAUGGACAUGCUUUAUAAGCAGCAAGAUAAAAGCAUGAACAUGAACGCCCUCCACAUCAACAGCAUGCUGGACAAGAAGGCGGUGGGAGCUCCGGUUGGCGCUCCCGGCUCCGGCGGCGCCUUCACGCCGGGAUUUUACCGCAGAAACUCGACCAGCAACGUGGAGGCGAUGAACAACGGCAACAAGUUCUCCAUAGGCACCUACGGCAGCCUCAAGGAGAACACGCCGAGCAGCAACAGCAGCGCCACGGCCCUCAUUAACAAGGAGAACAAGUUCCGCGACCGCGCUUACAGCGAGAAUGGAGAGCGCGGCGUGCUGCAGCAGAAGCCCGGCUCACAGAUCAACUCCACCCGCUACAAGACCGAGCUGUGUCGGCCCUUCGAGGAGAACGGCUCCUGCAAGUACGGCGAAAAAUGUCAGUUCGCUCACGGCUACCACGAGCUGAGGAGCUUGUCCCGCCACCCUAAAUACAAAACUGAGCCGUGCCGCACCUUCCACACCAUCGGCUUCUGCCCGUACGGUCCCCGCUGUCACUUUAUCCACAACGCCGACGAGCGCCGGCCCGCUCCGCCCGCCAACGCUAACGUGCAGACGGUGGAGCCCAGGUCGGCUCGCGAGCUCUGCGGCUACGGCCAGAGAGAGGUCCUGCCGCCGCAGCAGCAGCUCGGCUACACCCAGAGGGACAGACCAAAGCUUCACCACAGUCUCAGCUUCUCCGGCUUCUCCACCCACCACGGACUGGAGUCUCCCUUGCUCGACAGCCCGACGUCCCGGACCCCUCCGCCUCCCACUUCAGCCUCCUCCUGCACCUCCGCCCACAGCUACUACAACGACGAUGUUCUGUCCCCGAACUCCAUGCCGUGCAUCAACAGUGCCUUCUCUUUCCCCGGACAGGACCUAAAAGCCUUACUGGCCCCGCUGACUGUGCACACCAGCAGCAGCUACGCCAACAACCACUCCGCCGGUGCCUACUACGGGAACGUGCAGAGCAGCGUGUGCCCGCCUUCCCCCCCGACCUACAACAUGAGCCACUUGCAGGCGCUGCGCCGCCUCAACGAGUCGCCGGUGUUCGAUCCUCCUCCCAGCCCGCCAGACUCGCUCUCUGACCGGGAGAGCUAUGCGAGCGGGUCCCUCAGCUCUUCGGGGAGCCUCAGCGGCUCCGAGUCCCCGAGUCUGGACGCUGGAAGACGUUUGCCAAUCUUCAGCAGGCUGUCGAUUUCAGAUGACUAAUCACACUUUUCUUUUUUCUUUAUUUUUUUUCAUAUGGAUUAUGAUGGACGAGUCAGGGGAGGUGGGUUGUCAGUGAGUGAGAGACUGUCCUUCAAAGCAGAGGAUCCCAGGAUCCCACCUCACUUCCCUCAUUUCAGCAGCAUCCACCCCUGCUGAAGUGCCUUCGUGCAAGACUUUUAAAAUCUCUACCAGCUCUAAGGGUGCUGACCCUGCUCCGACCUCGCUGGAGGGGGGCAAGAGGAGAGUCUCACCCGCAGAGAUCAAUAAAGCUUCAGUUUAAAGUGUCCUUGACCUGGCAUUAGUCUAGUAUUUUUUUUUUCUUUAUAUGUAAUAUAGCUGUAUUAAAACUUAGAUAGCAAACAGAAGGCAUUCCAUCAGUGCCUUGCCCAAGGGCUCAUGGCAGCCCCCUUCUCCCUUAUUGUUGCUCUAUCAGGCAAGCCACACUUUUCCUGGGAUUAGGUGUGUGUGUGCGCGUGCGUGCGUGUGUGUGUGUGUGUGUGUGUGUGUAACAUGACUUGACAAGAAGAAGAGACUGUAAGCGGUUUCAGAUUUCCUCCCAUCCUGCCAAGAAAAUGCCUUGACUUAAAGUAACAUUAUUUUUUUUCAUCCUCUUCUUCUUUCCUCUCUGAAAGCUUCAACUUCCAUUCCAGAUCUGUCUCUCACCCAGCGCCACCCAGUGGUUCGUUUGGUUAGUGUAGUUUGUUGCUUGGUUAAAAAGCACUCUUGAGUUGGGCUUGUUUGGGGAAAUCACUGCUGAUGGUUGAAUAUAUAUUUUUUUAGCUGUUUCUUUUUUUUCUCUUCUUUUUUUUGAGUGAUUUACAUAGCGGUGCAUAACUGGCUAUGGACUAUUUAACUUAUUUAUUAUCUUGUGAAAAAAAAGUAUAGGCUACAUUGGUAAUUUGUGUCCAUACUGUAUUUAUCAAGUAUGAUGAAGCAAUAGAUCUAUAUUCUUUUAUGUUUAAAUUAUGAUCGCCAUUAUUAAUCUGCAUAAAGUGGAGUGUAUGUUCUUUUCACAGUAAUAUAUAUAUUGUUUUUUUUUCUCCUUUUUUUGUAACUUCACUUGGUUAUUUUUAUUGUAAAUGAGUAAAAAAAAAUCUUAAUUUAAGAGAACGUAUGUGAUAUUUAUUUCAUUAAUUUUGUUUCCUUGUUUACGUUUAUUAAAAAAAAGUUUGCGUGAUUGCUGUUUGCUCCUGAGGUUGUGUGUCAGAGCUGUAGAAGGCUUUCUUUUUUCUUUUUUGAGGAUCCUUAUUUAGAUGUGUCUGUAGAAUGUAUAAACAAUGGUUUGUCAUAGACCGUCCAAACCUUCGUUCCUCUUUUCGUUGAUCUAGAUCAGACUUCAGUGACAAAGAACCCGAGUCAAUAAAUUAACCAAAAAGUAUUUUUUAUUUUUUUUCCUUUUUCAUUUUCUGUUUGCACGAGGUCACACUGUGAUUCCAGCCACGUGCUAAAGAAUGUAGCAAUCCCUUGUGCCCCAGUAUUAUUGUGUAGUGCCUAUGGGGUUCAUAAUCUUGACAUGCCUUAAAAUUAACCAAAUAAAGUAUUUUUCCUACAUUGCAUCUUUUUAUAAAUCCAGAUUGAACUGAAUGUAGUGUUGGAUUUUUGUUUUUUCUAGAGGUUGUUACCACUCCAGACACUCUGACAGGAAAAAAAAAAAGAAGAAAAAAAAAACACAACUGUAAACUUUCUCAAAGUCCCCAUUCCUCUUUUGUUUUUUUAAUAUUGAAAUCUAGUGUUGAGUUUGCUGGAGAGGGAAGUUGGAUGGACACAUUUGGUUUGUACAUAGUAGGUACAGGGGAUGCGCACUAUGUACUUUUGACUACUUUAUCAGAAGUAAAGCUUUUUGAAUGUAACACACAGAAAAAAAAAAAAUGGAGAAAAAAAAGACGGACAAAAAGACAACCGAGAGUUGUGUUCUUUUUUUGGGGGGGGGGGUUCAGUUCACUACAAAUUGAGUGUGAGACUGUUAACUUUGUACUGUACAUUUUUUUGUAGUUCUCCCAAUAAAAAAACAAAAAACAACAA